AUGCUAACCAAGGCCCUGGUACUCACAACCUGGUUCGCCCUCGCUGUGGCUUACCCCGUAAUACACCAGGAAUUCAUUACUGACCUAGACUUGAUCACUGACCUUGAGUUGCUUAAUGAACUUGAGUUGAUUAAUGCCUUUGAGUUGACCGCUGGACUAGAGUCCACUGCUGACCUAGAGUCGACCACCCAAGAGUCCCCUACCCACCUGGAGUUGUCCACCACCACAGAGUCCACCAUGACUCCGGGGUCCCCCACCAACCUCGAGCCCACUGCCACCCUGGAGUCUACCGCCGACCAGGAGUCCACAGCAACCCCAGAGUCCCCCACUGACCUGGUGUCUACUGCCACCCCAGAGUCCACUGCCACUCCAGAAUCCCCCACCAACCUGGAGUCCACCACCACUCUAGAGUCUACCGCUGACCAGGAGUCCACAAUGACCCCAGAGUCCCCCACUGACUUGGAGUCCACUGCCACCCCGGAGUCCUCCACCAACCUGCAGUCCACCGCCACCCCAGAGUCCAUCACCGACCUGGAGUCCACUACCACCACUCCAGAGACCCCGGCCAACCUGGAGUCCACCGCUAUCCCAGAGUCCGCCACUGACCUGGAGUCAACCACUAACCUAGUCUCCAUUAGUGAUGUAGAAUCUACCACAGAUGUGCAUUUUGAGAAUGCACAAACUUUCGAAUUAUCUACUGAGGUGGAAUCAAACAUUCAUAGCUUUGAGGAAGCAACCACUAAAGCCACUGAAAGUGUCACUGCUGCUCAUUCAGAAGAGCCCAUCACUAGAGGACCAGAAUUGAGGCAUGCAGAGUGCCUUGGCAGUUGGGAGAAGGAAGUUUUGGGUGCCACAGACUUAGUGGAGGUGUCUGUUUACCAGGGCUACUUGAGGCCAUUAGCUGAAUGCUAG